AUUUUCAAGCAUCCUAGCCUAUAUAUCUAUCUUUGAGCUUGUGAAAUAAAAACCCUUUUAUUUCUCUAUCUCUCUUUUUGGCUAGUUGCUUCAUCUAAUUUUUGUCAAAAAGAAAAAAAGAAAUAUGGACAAGGUACAAAGAAUGGCUAGAGAUCAUGGAGUGGUGAUUUUUAGCAAGAGUACAUGUUGUUUGAGUUAUGCAGUGAGUGUAUUAUUUAAAGAUCUUGGUGUAGUUCCAUAUGUUUGUCAAAUUGAUCAUGAGCCUGAUGGAAAAGAAAUGGAAAAGGCCCUAAUAAGGAUGGGUGUCAAUAGUUCAUUCUUGUUUCCUGCUGUUUUUAUUGGGGGGUCAUUGCUUGGUUCUACUAAUGAAGUCAUGUCACUUCAUCUCCAAGGCUCACUUAAUCAACUUAUCCAGCCUUACAUAUCUAUUUUAAAAAGUAAUUAAGACCCUCCGCUCGCGGAAGCUACUUGAAUAGCAGGCGACACAUGUACUGGUUCUAGUUCUGAUUGAUCUACCGAUGCGUCCAUUUCAGUAGAUUUUUCCUAUGAUUCCAAAAGAACACCCCCACCUCACCCCUAUUUUAAGUGAAGUUUGAUAUUAAUAUUAAUUAGUACUAGUAGUACUACUAGGAACAAAUAAAUAAUUUGUUUGAGUUGAAGAAGUUAUAUUAUGAAAAUGUUGUGAAGAUGUGUGUGCCCUAGUUCAAAUUAAAGAAUGUAUUCUCAUUUGUUUCUCAUUUAAUUGAAGUUACUAUUAUUACUUUA